GGGAGGCGGAGGGGAAAGUUUGUUUAUUUUGUUUUUAGUUUCUGGGGUCCCCGUGUUUCUGGGAGGUGAGGCGGGAGGGAGUGACCCCCCCGCGCCCCUUCAGUCCCCCUACUACGUCGCCUCCAUAGCCUGCGGAGAAGCGGGGACCGCGCGCAUCGCAGCGCAUCGCCUCACAGCGGAACGCCGCGCACUCGGAGCCGGCGCGGCUCGGCGGUGCUGAGGGUCACACAUAACCACAUAGCUUACAUCCUUCAUGAUGGCCAGACCCAUCUGGGAAGUUCCAGCCAGCUUCUUCAGCUUUCCCUCGUGCCAUUUAAGUGGGGAAGGCUCCACACUGAAGUACCGAGUUAUCGGGAGCAUGUCAGGAUUCAGUUCAUCUUGUUUGUUGAACUCCUGCUGGAUACCAAAUUCUAGGGUUUUGGUUUUUUGCACUGAAUGUAGUCUAGACUCAUCUUCACGGGCUUGUGUUGCCCCAGGAUACUGUCAAAGGCAGUAUUUGUGUGUUUCUGCAGAGUUUUGCACAGAGUCUGUUCCCAUGCAAACCAAUGAGGGAGAAGUGUCGGAAGAAAGCAGUUCUAAGGUGGAACAGGAGGAUUUUGUAAUGGAAGGGCAUGGCAAGACUCCACCUCCUGGUGAAGAAAGCAAACAAGAGAAGGAGCAAGAAAGGGAAGAACAGUUAAUGGAAGACAAGAAAAGGAAGAAGGAGGAUAAAAAGAAAAAAGAAGCCACUCAGAAGGUCACGGAACAAAAAACCAAAGUGCCCGAAGUGACGAAACCAAGUUUAAGCCAACCAACGGCCGCCAGCCCAAUUGGCAGCUCUCCAUCGCCACCAGUCAAUGGUGGCAACAAUGCCAAAAGGGUGGCAGUGCCGAACGGACAACCGCCAAGCGCCGCCCGCUACAUGCCUCGGGAGGUGCCGCCGCGAUUCCGUUGCCAGCAGGACCACAAAGUGUUACUAAAACGUGGGCAGCCCCCUCCGCCGUCCUGCAUGCUCCUCGGGGGUGGGGCAGGGCCUCCUCCCUCCACAGCACCUGGAGCAAACUCAAACAACGCACAAGUGACAGGAACGCUGCUGCAGGGGGACGGUGGGACUGCACCAGAGUCAGCCCUUGGAGGUGCUGCUGCUUCAAAUUAUGCAAAUUCCACUUGGGGCCCGGGAGCCUCCUCCAACAACGGCGCCUCCCCCAACCCAAUUCACAUCCGGGACAAGGUGAUUGUAGACGGGUCUGACAUGGAAGAGUGGCCUUGUAUUGCCAGCAAAGACACUGAGUCUUCUUCCGAAAACACCACCGAUAACAACAGUGCCUCGAACCCUGGCUCUGAGAAGAGCACUCUGCCAGGAAGCACCACUAGUAACAAAGGAAAAGGGAGCCAGUGCCAGUCUGCAAGUUCUGGGAACGAAUGUAAUCUUGGGGUCUGGAAAUCUGACCCUAAGACUAAAUCUGUUCAAUCUUCCAACUCUACUACAGAGAGCAACAAUGGACUAGGAAAUUGGAGGAAUGUGAGUGGUCAGGAUAGAAUUGGACCUGGCUCUGGCUUCAGCAACUUUAACCCAAAUAGCAACCCAUCUGCCUGGCCAGCGCUGGUCCAAGAAGGAAAUUCUAGGAAAGGGGCAUUGGAAACUGAUACUAGUAAUUCCAGUGCACAGGUUAGCACAGUAGGUCAGGCAUCCAGGGAACAGCAGUCAAAGAUGGAAAAUGCGGGUGUUAAUUUUGUUGUCUCUGGCAGAGAACAGGCUCAAAUUCAUAACACUGAUGGACCAAAAAAUGGAAACACUAACUCCUUGAACUUAAGUUCACCAAACCCCAUGGAGAAUAAGGGAAUGCCCUUUGGAAUGGGCUUGGGGAACGCCUCCAGGAGCACUGAUGCCCCUUCACAAAGCACUGGAGAUCGAAAGACUGGGAGUGUUGGAUCUUGGGGUGCAGCUAGGGGGCCUUCUGGAACUGACACAGCCUCUGGACAAAGCAAUUCUGGAAACAAUGGGAACAAUGGAAAGGAUAGAGAGGACUCCUGGAAAGGAGCUUCUGUUCAGAAAUCAUCUGGGUCAAAAAAUGACUCUUGGGACAAUAACAGGUCUACGGGUGGGUCCUGGAACUUUGGCCCUCAGGACUCUAAUGACAACAAAUGGGGUGAAGGGAACAAAAUGACAUCUGGGGUCUCUCAGGGAGAAUGGAAACAGCCGACUGGGUCUGAUGAGUUGAAAAUUGGAGAAUGGAGUGGUCCAAACCAACCAAAUUCUAGCACUGGAGCAUGGGACAAUCAAAAGGGCCACCCCCUCCCUGAAAACCAAGGCAAUGCCCAGGCUCCCUGUUGGGGAAGAUCUUCCAGCUCCACAGGAAGUGAAGUUGGAGGUCAAAGCACUGGAAGCAACCACAAAGCAGGAAGUAGUGACAGUCAUAAUUCUGGCCGUCGGUCAUACCGGCCCACACAUCCUGAUUGUCAGGCUGUCUUACAGACUCUUUUGAGCCGAACUGAUUUGGACCCCAGGGUGCUCUCAAACACUGGCUGGGGCCAAACUCAAAUUAAGCAGGACACAGUGUGGGAUAUUGAAGAGGUGCCAAGGCCUGAGGGGAAAUCUGACAAAGGAACUGAGGGGUGGGAGAGCGCUGCCACACAGACCAAGAACUCAGGGGGCUGGGGAGACGCACCCAGCCAAAGCAAUCAAAUGAAGUCUGGAUGGGGGGAGCUCUCAGCCUCUACAGAGUGGAAAGACCCCAAGAACACAGGAGGCUGGAAUGACUACAAGAACAACAACUCUUCCAACUGGGGAGGCGCACGACCAGAUGAAAAGACUUCUUCCUCUUGGAAUGAGAACUCCAGCAAGGAUCAGGGGUGGGGAGGGGGACGCCAGCCCAAUCAAGGAUGGACUUCUGGGAAGAAUGGUUGGGGAGAGGAAGUUGAUCAAGCGAAAAACAGCAGUUGGGAAAGUUCUGCAAGUAAACCUGUGUCUGGGUGGGGUGAAGGAGGGCAGAAUGAAAUUGGAACUUGGGGGAACAGUGGGAAUGCAAGCCUAGCUUCCAAAGGCGGGUGGGAAGAUUGCAAACGGUCUCCAGCAUGGACUGAGACCGGCAGACAGCCCAGUUCCUGGAAUAAACAGCACCAACAGCAGCAGCCACAGCAGCCGCCGCCACCACAACCAGAGGCUUCUGGUUCCUGGGGAGGCCCACCCCCACCACCUCCAGGCAACGGACGACCUUCCAAUUCCAACUGGAGCAGCGGGCCACAGCCAGUAACCCCUAAGGAUGAGGAACCCAGCGGUUGGGAAGAGCCAUCCCCACAGUCAAUUAGUCGGAAAAUGGACAUCGAUGAUGGCACUUCGGCGUGGGGAGACCCCAACAGUUACAACUACAAGAAUGUGAAUCUGUGGGAUAAGAAUUCCCAAGGGGGCCCAGCACCUCGAGAACCAAACCUGCCUACCCCCAUGACCAGUAAAUCAGCAUCAGUCUGGAGCAAAAGCACACCACCUGCUCCAGAUAAUGGUACUUCAGCUUGGGGUGAGCCAAACGAAAGCAGUCCUGGGUGGGGUGAAAUAGAUGACACAGGAGCAUCGACCACAGGCUGGGGGAACGCACCCUCCAACGCUCCAAAUGCCAUGAAACCUAAUUCCAAAUCUAUGCAAGAUGGCUGGGGGGAGAGUGACGGUCCAGUGACGGGAACUCGCCAUCCCAGCUGGGAAGAGGAGGAUGAUGGAGGAGUCUGGAACACCGCCGGCUCUCAGGGAAGUGCUUCCUCCCACAACUCAGCAAGCUGGGGACAAGGAGGAAAGAAGCAAAUGAAGUGCUCACUGAAAGGAGGAAAUAAUGAUUCAUGGAUGAAUCCUCUUGCCAAACAGUUUUCAAAUAUGGGAUUGCUGAGUCAAACUGAAGAUAAUCCAGGCAGCAAAAUGGAUUUGUCUGUAGGGAGCCUUCCAGAUAAAAAAUUUGACGUGGACAAGCGAGCGAUGAAUCUCGGGGAUUUUAAUGAUAUCAUGAGGAAGGAUCGAUCUGGGUUCCGUCCACCUAAUUCCAAAGACAUGGGAACCACAGACGGUGGGCCUUAUUUCGAGAAGCUGACUUUGCCUUUCUCCAAUCAAGAUGGGUGCCUUGGGGAUGAGGCUCCCUGCUCUCCCUUCUCCCCUUCUCCCAGCUACAAGCUGUCUCCCUCUGGUUCCACACUACCCAACGUCAGCCUUGGAGCAAUCGGCACAGGGCUCAACCCCCAAAACUUCGCUGCUAGACAAGGUGGCAAUCAUGGUUUGUUUGGAAAUAGCACAGCACAAUCGAGAGGUAUGCACACGCCAGUGCAGCCACUAAAUUCUUCUCCUAAUCUCCGGGCGCAAGUGCCUCCCCAGUUUAUUUCCCCCCAGGUUUCUGCCUCAAUGCUCAAGCAGUUUCCCAACAGUGGCCUGAAUCCAGGUCUUUUCAAUGUGGGGCCCCAGUUAUCUCCUCAACAAAUUGCCAUGCUGAGCCAGCUUCCACAAAUUCCCCAGUUUCAAUUGGCGUGUCAGCUUCUCCUGCAGCAGCAGCAGCAGCAGCAGUUGCUGCAGAACCAGAGGAAGCUCUCGCAGGCUGUGCGCCAGCAGCAAGAGCAGCAGCUGGCUCGGAUGGUGAGCGCCCUGCAGCAGCAGCAGCAGCAGCAGAGGCAGCCUGGCAUGAAGCACUCGCCCUCCCAUCCCGUUGGGCCCAAGCCACAUCUGGACAACAUGGUACCCAGUGCUCUGAAUGUGGGGCUCCCAGACCUUCAAACCAAAGGGCCAAUACCUGGAUAUGGUUCUGGCUUCAGCUCUGGCGGCAUGGACUAUGGCAUGGUUGGUGGGAAGGAGGCUGGAACAGAGUCUCGCUUUAAACAGUGGACCUCCAUGAUGGAGGGACUGCCCUCUGUAGCCACACAGGAAGCCAAUAUGCACAAAAAUGGCGCUAUUGUGGCCCCUGGUAAGACUCGAGGAGGGUCACCAUACAAUCAGUUUGAUAUCAUCCCGAGUGACACACUGGGUGGCCAUACGGGUCCUGCUGGUGAUAGCUGGUUACCUGCCAAAUCUCCACCAACAAAUAAAAUCGGAAGUAAAUCCAGCAAUGCCAGUUGGCCUCCAGAAUUCCAACCAGGAGUGCCAUGGAAAGGUAUCCAAAACAUUGACCCUGAGUCUGACCCCUACGUCACCCCAGGAAGUGUGCUGGGGGGUACAGCCACAUCUCCCAUUGUAGAUACUGACCACCAACUUCUGCGGGAUAACACCACAGGGUCUAAUUCUUCCCUCAACACCUCGCUGCCUUCACCUGGUGCCUGGCCCUACAGUGCCUCUGACAACUCCUUUACCAACGUUCAUAGCACUUCAGCAAAGUUCCCUGAUUACAAAUCAACAUGGUCCCCAGAUCCCAUAGGACACAACCCCACUCAUCUCUCCAACAAGAUGUGGAAAAACCAUAUUUCCUCGAGGAACACUACAGCGCUGCCCCGCCCACCUCCCGGUCUGACCAACCCCAAACCAUCUCCCUGGAGCAGCACAGCACCCCGAUCAGUCAGGGGGUGGGGGACCCAGGACUCACGGCUUGCCUCGGCCUCUACCUGGAGUGAUGGUGGUUCAGUUCGUCCCAGUUACUGGCUGGUUCUUCACAAUCUCACUCCACAGAUUGAUGGGUCAACGUUGAGAACCAUCUGCAUGCAGCAUGGCCCACUGCUGACAUUCCAUCUGAACCUAACCCAGGGCACCGCCCUGAUCCGAUACAGCACCAAACAGGAGGCGGCCAAGGCCCAAACCGCACUGCACAUGUGUGUGUUGGGAAACACUACCAUCCUGGCUGAGUUUGCCACCGAUGAUGAAGUUAGCCGCUUUCUGGCACAGGCUCAGCCGCCUACACCUGCAGCAACCCCAAGUGCACCCGCCGCAGGUUGGCAGUCGCUGGAGACCGGCCAGACCCAGUCGGACCCCGUCGGACCUGCUCUGAAUCUUUUCGGUGGGUCCACAGGGCUCGGGCAGUGGAGCAGCUCGGGCGGCGGCAGCGGGGCCGAUCUUGCUGGCGCUUCAUUGUGGGGGCCCCCAAACUAUUCUUCUAGCUUGUGGGGAGUCCCAGCUGUGGAAGACCCCCAUAGAAUGGGCAGCCCUGCUCCCUUACUACCUGGUGACCUUCUGGGAGGAGGGUCAGAUUCAAUCUGAACUUAGAACUUUCAACUCUGACCUCGUGACCUUUUUUGGAACAGCAGCAGCACUAACUUGACCUUUUCGUUUUUUUUUUCAACUUGCAAUAAAUACAUUUUUAAAAGGAAAAAAGAAAACGGAGAGAGGAAAAAAAAGGUGGGUCAUUGACAGACUGUCUGAGCACAUAGUUGCCUCCCUUAUAACUUCAGUUUUUUCGUUUGGAAUAUGAAUCCAAAAAGAGAACAUAUCACUCUUGAAAUACUUGAAUCAUGAACGCCAACCUAGAAAGACAAUGUGAAGCAAGUACACAUACCAUUUAAAUUUAAACACAAAAAAAUUAAAAAAAUUAGUUUCUAGUUUUUCACUUUUUUCAUGUUAUAUGGAAGUUGUUGCUAAGAAACAUAUAUACUGAAAAAAAAAUAGCUUUUUAACUUUGUUUGCACUGGGUGUGUUUCCGUCCUUAGGUCUACCACGUUUGGGAGGGAGGGGAAUUCAAAAGAAUUGUUGGGGUGGGGGGGGGAAGACUUGACGGAGCCUCACUUUAAAAACAAAAACACAAAACCUAAAAAAAAAAAAAAAAAGGAAAAAAUUUGUGAUUGGCUGGUUGAUAAAUACCAGUGUGUUCUGGCACAUGUAACUGCCCAGGCAUGCUCGUUCUGGUAUGUGUGUGCACGUGUGUUCAUGUGCAUUCGCGUGCAUCCUUCUCUCUGUCUCUGUGUGUGUGUGCACCCGUGUCCUCCUCCCCCACUCGAUCUCAGAAAGCUGCAUUGCUGACAGUCUGCAGGCUGGCUGGCCGGCCAUCUGCUUUUUAUUUUAUUUUAUUAUUAUUUUUUUUUUAACUAUCAGAACACACAAGCACGGGGAGCCACUGCUUACUAAAGCAACUCCGUUGGGCUGCAUUAAGAUGAACAGAGUGCUUUUUAAUGAUUUAAGCAGGGAGCUCCUUUCCAUUUGCAAAUUAGCCUGAGUGAGUUUUCUCUUGCUUUUCUUUUGACCUAGCAGUAGAGCGGAGCACUGCCAAGUCCAAAAAAGUAGGAGAGCAGGAGGUACCUCUUGGAGCAACUGUGUGUUUAUUUAUUUCUGUUUUUUAAAGUACGUGGCCACCAGGCACAUCUGAAUAUCUGUUAAGUUUUUCUUUCGUUAGUCUGAAUGGGAACAGAUGAUAUAAGAGAGUUUUUACUUAACGCCAAGUCUCAAAAGCAGAAGAACCAUGUUCCCCCUUUCUUGUGUCAUCAGGUAUGAGGAAUUCAUCAGAGAGUCAGGUAAUGCCGAAUUAAAGGUUUCCAUUGGUUCUCUUUUUCGUUUUAUGAAAACGGAAACAAAUAGGUUGUGAGCAGCCUCCUGAAAGCACCUGCAGCUUCUCCCUCUCUGCUCCUCUCUCGCUGAGCGUUACCUGUGCCAGGCCGUGGCGUGUUACAGCACCAGGCCAUCACUGACAGAAACGUUUACUUAACGAAUGUUCUUAAACCAGUGUGUACUUCAAGCGUUUCCUUUUGUUUCUCUGUGUUGUGUAUUUCCUGUGUAUGUGGUUUUGCUUAGGCAGGUAUAACUUAGCAGAGACUUUUAAGUAUUGCACCUUUUUUUGGUUUUGACCUCUUUAUUUUUUUUUUCCUUGUAAUGUUGCUUUUUUUAUUUCGGUAUUUAAAGACUUUUUUUUUUUUUUAAAGCAUCAAUGUAGUAGUACUCUGGGCCGACUAGGGGGCAACUUUAAUCCACAGUUAUCACCAACAUGUAUGUACUUAUGUUGGAAUCAACAUGUAUCAAACUGCUUUUUGUGAAGAGUUCUAGCAGACCCGAAGGGGUACCCCUUUAUACAAAGCAGAUGGCUGGUGGGGCGGGUGGGGAGGGGGGAGGGGAACGUAUGCCGGUAACGUGCUAGCACUUGUGUGGACAUCCCAGUCUGCAUUAUACUGUUUAACAUAAAGUGCCGACAUUCUGUACCAGCAAAUACCUGCCCAUUCCAACCCUUGGUGGGAGCAGACCUCUACUGUCCUCCGUAACUUGCUGCUAGUGAGGACAAGGGAGUUUUUCUUUCUUUAGCAUCUUCAGUGAAGGAUACAACAAUGCCUAAUGUAUUUGACUUUUAGCUUGUGUCUGUGUGUAGGUGGGUGGGUGGGUGUGUAUAGGAAAAGGCAAAACUGAACUAUUUGCAUUUAAGUGGUUUUAUGAGACAAAGAAUGGGAAUUCUGUAGUCCUCUGGCUUACCCUGUUGAUUAUAAACCUAGCCUCAAAAGAGAUUGACAUGCAUAAUUCAAGGUGAGCGUUCGCUCAUAUAAGUCUUUAUGCACCCUUUGUGGGUAGGUGGUCAAACUUGAGUCUCCAGCGUUGGUUCAGUCCCAUUGGAUGCCUUGUAGAAAACUAACUGUGCCCUCUUCCUGCUCUCCGGUUUUCAUCACCACCACCAUGCCCCUUCCACCUCUGCCCAUGUACAAAACGUCUCCUUCCAGCCCCCUCCACCUGCUCUCCGUGUGUGGAGCAAAACCCUGUGGUGUGUGGUGAUGUCCAGGUGGAGAGCAGCUGUGUUCAGCCAUCUACAGAAGGCAAAAUCUUAGUGGCCCUGGGCCAGGAGCAUGUCCCGAGGCUCCCACAAGCCCGUGGCAACCCUGUCCACUGCCGUGUCCUGCCCCCGCCCCUCCUCCUGCCUGCUGGUUCCUUGGCCUGCACUAUGGGUUAGUUGAGUUCCUUACGAUACUACGGUGAAAGCCGGGUGCUAGAGCCCCUCUUGUUUACAAGACAUAAUGAGGGAUUUGAAAUAUGUAAAAAUAAACAUGAGAAGCUCAAAUGUUCUUCCAUCUUAAGCUUAAAGGGAAAAAAUUAAAAACUUAAAAAAAGACCAAAAAGUGCGUAUAUAUAUACAUAUAAAUAUAUAUUUUAGAUGAAGACUAACUCUGGGAGCAUUUAACAGUGUUUUUUUGUUUUUGUUUUUAACAUUUAUUUUCCUGCUUUAAAAUUUGCAAGCAUUCUCAGGAAUUCUAGGGUAGGAAGCCAGUUUUUUGAAGAUGGUUUAUUUAACCAUAUCUUAUCCUAGAUAGACGGCUGUUUCUUUCCUGUUAAUAAACUUUUACAAGUUCCUGAAACUUCAAAAAGUUUAAACAAUUUUUACUUAAAAAAAUGUAAAAAGAAAAGUCUCCAAACAUUAUUGUCAUACUGGGGAUCACACAUUUUAAAACACAUAGAAAGAAAUAUUUUUUAAAAAUUAUCAAUUUAGCAGCAACAGGUCAAUUCGUUAUCUUAAAAAAUAUGGGAGAAGGAUUAGCUUUCUAAGAGCUUUAUCACGGAUUUGUUUGAAAUUGUGUGUCAUUUGGUGGGAGUGUUUGGUUUGUAUAAAUGGGAAUGCCAUCACUUUGUUCCUUUCCAUUUAAGAGGGAACUGACAUCUCCCCUAACGAUUGUUAAUUUUUUUUAAGGGAACCCUUCUCCCUGUCCCUCAAACCCCAGCAACAAAAGAAAGAAAGAUAGAAAGAACAACUUAGAAAAAAAGAAGUAAACUCUAAUCUGUAAAAUAGUACGGUUGGAUUGCUGAGAAUCUAUGUAAAGAGCUAGGAAAUAUAGGUUAAUAAUUUUUGGAACAAAUUUUAAAUAUAGGCAUCACUAGAGGAAAAUAUCUAUGGACUGUUCUAUUAAUGAAGAAUGUCUGUCUUACCUCCCUGCUUGUUAUGGGAGGAGGAGAAAAUAAGAAGAAUCUAAUAAGGAACAAGUGAUUUUACUUUUUUAGCUCCCAGCUACUGUUGUGCUCAUUUUAAUUGCUGUUUUGAAGAUCUGCUGCUUAAUUAUCCCCAUCCCUCAGCUGGAGAUGUGGAGUAUUUCCUUUCAGUUUUUCGUGAUGUUGAAUUCUCCUUUUGUAUUCCCUCCUGGGGCCAGGGGUCAGAAUUCCCAAGCAUGACCACAGCUUCUUUUAAACAUCUAAGCUUCCCAGUGGGAAAGAAACUCCAGCUCGACAGGUAAUGGGAGUGGGUGGGGUUGCUGCCUGCAAUUUCUCUAAAACCGCUAUAGUGCCUUCGUACAUACACCCAGACAUCCUAAGCAGGAGGAGCUCGUGUGUAUGUGCAUGUGGUCCAGUCACUCCACAGACAUUAAGUACGUUUGCCCAUUAAGGAAAUUGGAGUGGUUCUGGAUAGGCCCCAAAGGCAGUGGGCUAAAUUUAAAAUAAAUAAACAGAAAUCAAGGAAGUUAAGUAUGCUUUCAUGUCUUGAUAAUGUGGAAUGCCAAGAUCCUUCCUUGUGUUAUUGCCCUCGUUACUGUGCACUGACUUCUCCAGGUGUGUCGUUUUGACAACUACAUACAGUGAUUUGGAAAGUCUGUGUUGGGCCAGUAGAAAGGGGUUUCUGUUUUUCUGCUCUUGUCCUUCUUUGUCUCCUCUCCUUCCCCCCCCCCUCGCUCCCAUUUUUUUCGUCAGCUUGCUGGAAGCUUUGCUUUAUUGGUUGGCAGUGACCUAAGAACAGGAUAUAGUGAGGAUAUAAUGGAAGAGAAAAACUCUUUCCUUUCCAUGGUAUUCUUUGGCAAGAGCCAUGUCUGCUGAGAGGUUAGGUGGCUUCCAUAACACUUAGAAAAUUUGGUGGGAGCGGCUUCUCUUCCACCACAUUCUGGCAUGUGUACAGAGGUCUGCUGGUCACCUCUCAUUAUGUAGAUUUAUCUUGUAAACAUUUCGAUCGUGUAAAUUUGAGCUUUCCAAUUUUUACUAGUUUCCUUUAUUUUUUUUAAACACUUGAAUACUAGUGGCUGGAGAUACCCAUCUUUCAAACAUCACAAACUUGGUUUCGGUCUACCACAUGAGUAGCCAAAAGGAAAAAGCACUCAUGGGGAAGAGACGUCUUCCAUCAGACUGGAGACCUCUACUGGCAAUUGAAAUCCAGUGCCAUGACCUAAUUUUAGGUGUUUAAACAAAACAACAACAACAACAACAACAACAAAAAAAACAAAGUUCAGAUCUCCGAGACACUGUGAAGAAAUGGAUGGCCUGUAGGGCAUCUCUGAUCCCUCCAUACCUACCCUUGAUCUUUUCCAUUUGCAACAUGCACAGAAGUUAACUUAGCAGUGCUGCAUGUUAAGGUUCCAAACCAAAUUCUUUCACCAGUGUCCCCCAGUAAAUCAACAUUAUCCAUUGAUUGCCAUCGAUCAGUUUUAUUUAUAGCAGCUUAAUUUUCUAAUUAUAUGGCUCCUGUUCUAAGAACUUUCCCACCUCUUCUGACAUGAAUGUAGCAUAAAUUAGUAGUUGGUUCUUCCAAGUUCCUGUGGGUUGAAUGCAGUAUCUGAGAUUAUGCAAAAAAAAAAAAAAAAAAAGGAAAAGAAAUUCCUACCUAAGAAUUUGGAAGAGCUUUUAUUAAUAUAUCUAGCAGAAACUAACAUUUCACGGGCUAUUGACGUGUUACAAAUAUUCACUUGAAUUUUUGCCAUGGGGGGGCAGUUUUUGUAAGGUUAACAGCCAGAUUCCAUAUCGACCUCAGAUGCUGUGUACUUUUUAAUUUUAUUUUUUUAUAUUUUGCCAUCUUGACUCUUCUCUUAAACAAAAUGAAGAUGUCUCUGCUGAGCAAAACACUUAAGCCAAGCCUGUUUUCCUCUGCAGUGUAAACGAAAUGUUUUCAGCAGACUUGGCUGUAAUAGCCAUCUCUAAGAUUAGGGAACAAUUGAGUCUUCAUAUAGAAAAGGUCCCCUUCUACCCCAUCCUCAGAGUUCAGAUUCAGUAUAUAACACUUUGUAGGUUAUUGUUUGGAUUUUGGGUUUUUUCUUUUGUUUUAACUAUCUAUAAGGUCUUUUACUAGGAGUAGAGAUGCAUUUUUAGCUGGUUGGGGGAAAAAAAUCAAACUUUUUCUUCUCCAGUUUUUGCCAAGUUUUGUCACACUUCAUGCCUAUGCAUUAAUUACACUUCUUAGUGAUACUGCAAAAAGAAAUCUUAUUCUUGAAUUGUUUUCCUUCCUGUGAGUGUCUUGCUGAGGCUGCAUGUGAUGGUGCAGUUGAAAAUAUUCCAGCCUAUGUGUCCAGUGAAUGAUCAAUCUAUAGACCUCAGAACCCAUUCAGAAAAUAGGAUGCCCUCACCCUCUGCUGCACGCUGCACCACACCCUCUUAACUUUCUUACCUACAAGGACAGGGUGUCCACACAAUCUAGAAACAGGCAAAUAUACAUAAUGUUGUCAAGAACAUCAUCAAUCUAUUAAAAAAAAAAACCCACAUAGAAUGUUCUCUGUAUUUCCAGAGUUAGUGCGUACCCUGUAAUAAGCUCUGUAGGUUUUAUGGCCAGUGCCAAAAGUGUGUGUAUUUUCAGAGAUGGUCCCUACUUAUUAAUGAUGGUGGUGUUUUCUUCACCUUGAAUUUGACAAAGGGGGUACUGGCAUCACAUUCUUUAGAUUUAAAAUAACGAUCAACUUCAAGAACCUAUGAACAUAAUAAUAUAUAAUAAGUUAAUAAAAAUAGAACACUGACCCUCCCUGCCCUGCCCACAGUGCUUCCCCUGCACUGCCUUCACUGCCAAAGAAAAGAGGCCAUGAACAUUUCCAGGUUGGCAGAGGGAACACUGGUCAGGAAACAGAACUGCUCCCCACUGGCCGGGCAUUCCUGCUGUCCUUAGGUGAGUGGUCACUUGGACUAGAUCUGAAGGAAUUAUCAAGUAUUCUAACAUGUGAGUGGUUUUUAAACUGUCAAUGUCUUGUAGUAUCCUCCUACCACCACCACUUAAAAAAAAAAAAAAACGAAAAUGACAGAAGCUGCCAGUGUUUGCCGCACAGAAUUUAAAUAGUUCUUGUCAGUAAGCCACAUACCUGAGUUUGUUUUUAACGAGAGAAACUGCACACCAGGAAAAUUUGUACCACCCUGACCCAGGGGUCUCUGCCAGACUCCCAUCGUGGGGUCUUCAUUGUGACAAAUGCUUGUUUUGUCCUUGGGAGAGGAAAGGUCAGAUGAAGGCAAGAAGUUUCUGUUUUAAAUAAAAAAGAAUUAGUGUUUCCCCAAAGCACUUUGUGCCUCAGUUCAGUUUUCAACGCUAUCAGUCCUCGCUUCCCCAUCCACUGGCCCGUCUCGAGCCAAGGUUAAUACGUUGAGACUGUCUUUACAAAAAGAAAUUCCUCUUUACUGCUAAUGGGAACAGCAAAAGAAAAAUUGUGAAGAUAGUUUACAAUAUCGUUGUAGCAGAGUUGUGAAUCGAAGUGCUUUUCUUUCCCAACUCCCCUGCUUUCUGGGACCUCCCACAGAAUCUGGCACGCCUUCUCCCUGGGCUCCUGACAGGUGUGUACGGUUCUCUGAGGGCUGGGUUGUAGGAGGUCACUGGAGGUGAGCUGGAGCAGUCUUAACUGCAGGACUAGCCUUACAGCAGAGCUUUAUGAAGAGAGUCUAUCCUAAAUGUGUUCGCCAAAAAUGAACGGGGGGGGGGGUCUUUAUACAAAACAAAGCAAAAACCUUUGGAAUCCUUCAAGAAGUUAUGUACCUUUUAAAGGUAGUAGAGGUUCUCACCAAGUGAUGCAUUCAGCAUGACACUUCUUGCCAGAAAUUUCAGGAUAAGUUGGAAUAAAUGUGUUUAAAACACCACCCCUACCCCCCCCUUUUAAUUUUGUCCAAGGAAUUAAUUACUUAAGUGUAGUAUUUCUGAAUGUGCCUUUGUGAGUACAGAGACCAUCUGUUUUAGGAAGAAGCUAACCGUGGGGAUAAGACAGAAAGGCGGUCAGCGUGGUCUUUAGGGAAGUCAGCGAUUCUCCUGGCGGUCCCCAGGGGCAGCUCUGGAGUUUUCAUUAGCAUCAAUAUUGCACAGUGUAGAGUUGUGUGGAAGAGAUUCUGGGGCUCGGGAGGGAGAAUGAGGUGAUGGUGCACAAUGACGGAGACCCAGGUUCAUCCAAGAGUGCAGGUUGAAUUUAUCUAUCUGCAGUACCUAGUUUCCUUCGUGUGUGUGUGUGUGUGUGUGUGUGUGUGUGUGUGUGUGUGUGUGUGUGUGUGUGUGUGUGUGUGUGUGUGUGUGUGUGUGGCUGUUUUAGUUUUUGUUUUUCUGUAAGCACUGGAGAACUGAAAUAUGGUGAUGUUUGUGACACAUUCAUGCAUGUCAAGAAACGUUUUCUAGCUUCUGCCAUGUGUGGGGGCAGGCAGCGCAUUUCCACCCUCUGAGUCUGUGUUCUAAGAAGGCAGUUACUUUCCUCACAUCAUGUUGCUGUUUAUGCGAACAGGGUAUUACACGCAAGGAAAAAGCUUUUGAGAGAAUAAGAUGGAAAUGUUUGAGAAAGAAAAGAGAAAAAUCUGAAAUCAUAUUUUAUUUCUUCAGAACUAUUAUAGUUAAGCAUAGAAAUCUGCAGUGUCUCUUCAUUUGCUUUUGUGUUUGUUUUAAACAAUGCCACCUCUUCUCCCCAUGCCCUAUCUUCUAAAGAAACCGCAAGUGAACACUAAGGGCCAUUUCCAUAAUUCCUCAGAACUCCCCAAAGAGGAAAACAAUCCCUCCCGCAAGAUUCCUUCAGCUUCAUUCAGGAGACAAAGGGAGGAGAGAUGCGGCUUUCUGUGCUUCUCUCUCAUUCCUCUCUAAUGGCCUUGAAAUGUAUUAUUAUGCAAAUGUGAAUUUUGAUACUGAAUUUAAGAAGAGGUUGUUGGAUUUUUUCUUUUUUCAGAAAAAAAAAAAAAGGUCCCAGAUGUGGUCAUCAUUGCUUCUUUAUUUUGUAACGUGAAUUGUAACUAUGCAUUCUGCAAAGGGGGGGUGGGGAGGGCAGAAAGGGGAAGGAAGUAGCUUUGCAUCCUUGUUCUACGGUUUCUGUGUCCAUGGUAUCCGUACAUCCUGGCGGGGAAGGGGAGUGAGCCGGAAGCAGUCAAGUCGGCACAGUGAGGUGGAGAGAGACCUGGAGCCCUCCCCGCAGCCCCGGGGGGCGCCUGCAGUUCCUGUCAGCUGGUGUGGUACAGGAUUCUCCGCCCUAGCCGCGCAGUGUUAGCCCAGGGCGACAGGGGGCCCCCCCCCCCGGAGGCCCUAGUGUUUCUGGGAAAAAGUACUCGUCCUUUCCUGAAUUCAGAACCCUUUCAAGCUCAGGAAACCAUGCCUCACUCGUGCUGAACUUAAAGUUAAUCUUUCUGUCGAUUUCCAGAACUCCUCCUGCUCCUCGCUCCUUUUAAUUUUUCUUUUUUUCUUCCUUAAUCCUUUUUAAGUGAACUUAUUUAUAAGGAAACUGCCCUGCUCUGUGGGGAAGAGGACUGUUGCUUGGCAGGCAAAAAGAAGUCUCUUCCUCAUCCACGACCCCUCAGCCCAAUGUAAUCUCUCUGCUUCCUUGCGUUUAUUCCGCUAGAGAGCUAGUGAGCCAUGAGGUGCUGGACACAGGAACGCCUACAGCCGCCUCCUUGUCCUCGUAGAAUUCCCUUGUUGAUUUUGCCUGUGGUGAAUCCUGGCACCUGCGUUGCUCUUGUCUAGGCAUUAUCUGCACCCUGCAGUAUCAUAAGCCAGAGAUUGUUCUGCCCAUAUUCAGUGUUUCCAUGCAAGCAGUUUUUGUUGUUGAUGUUCACAGUACUGUAACGAGUAACGGACUUGAUCACAGUCUCCUCGUGCCCAGUGCAGGGCUGUACAGGCACGAUCUUAUCAGGGUUCCAAUCUGUUCGAUUGCCUUUAGACAAAACACAAAACAAACAAAAAAAUAAGAUCCUGACGUUUCAACUGUCUGACACAAAACAAUACCUCGAGGUACAUUUCCCCUGCGAUGUAGACCCUUAACUCCCCUCUCCUUCUCUGACAUCAGUGGGUUAUCCUUUUUAAAAUAUGAAUGUGUAAAUAGUGGGAUAACUUUUACAAUUUUUUUCUUUGCUGUGAAAGUAGCCCUGAAAUAUGAUAUUUUUCCUUUUUUUUUUUUUUUUAAGCCAUCUGAAGUUUCAGAUCUUCUUUCAUGCUUAAGAAGAGAAAGCAGAACAGGUCAGGGGAGUGGAUGUGCAUUUGUGGGGUGGUUGUCUCUCCACUGCCUCCCACACACAGUGGCAGCCGACCCGUGUCCAAACCCUGUUUCGAAGAGAUGCCAUCUAUUCCAGAUCUAGUUCCAGGGUGAGGAGUGUCCAAAUUUCUCUCUUCCAGAAGAUCCAUCCCCUCCAGGCACUCCAGGACGUUUUUUAACCUAAGACCUUGAGCUCUCAACCUUUCUUGCUUCACCCACAGGCUCACUUUUUGAGUAACCGAGUAGCAUUCUGUGGUUCAUAAAGGGACUCAUCCCUGGCAUUUCAAUUUGGCACUGUAGAAUUCAUAGACUUAUCACUUUGCAAUGCGUUAGAAAUGUAUUGAUUUUUUACUUAGAAGGAAAUUCAUCUGAGACGUGCAAACAACCUUCCUAAAAGGUGUGGGCACCCUCAGGCAUUCCUCUGAAUGCCUUUCUACGUGAAGCUUGAAGCUGACAUUAGGUAGAGGGAAAUAACGUUUAACGAAUGCUGCUUGUAGAUCUGUCAGCUACAGCUCUCCUAGAUUUGGCGACCCUACAAGGCAGGGUCAGAAUAGAUCGUUUUGAACAGCUUCUUCACAAACGCCUCUCCCUACCCCCCCACCCAGCAUCUUAAAGCUAAACCCUGUAUCUGUUUAAAGGCCCUUUUUAGUUUGAGCUCACCAAUCUUGUAUAGUGACGACUUCCUUCAAGGGGAAGAACCUUGAGAAUAAAUGCACACCUAUUCACCACCCACCUUCUGAUUUGAGACGCUAUCCACCUUUGGAUUUUAUUUCUGUUGUUUGUUUGGAGGCCUCUUUUCUGUCGGUCUCCUUCCUCUGGUCCCCCAUAAGUUUUCUUACUGCCCUUAUAUCCAUCCACAAUGCUCCCAAAGGGCUUUGCUGAUCUCUGCACUUCUUUCCUGGGACCCUCCCUCACCACCACCCUUUGCACACACCAGUGACCAAAGUGUGUCCAGUGAUCUCACAGAAGUCGUCAAAAAUGAUGCCUGCACCACGAAUGUGCUCACAGAGACACGUGCACAAGAUUCUGCACCCUUGGCCUUAACCUCUGUAUGACUUAAGGUGCAGGAACAUUUUUAACAGGUUAUUUAAAAAAAAAAAAAAAUGCUUCUGGGAGGGGAAAAAAAAGGCAGACAAAACAGCUCAAUUGUGCCCACUCCUAACUCUACUAUUUGCCUACAACUUAAUUCUGUGCCCACCCCACCCAUCCCUGUUUUGAGUAACCAAAAAGAGACAACAAAAGCAACCUGAGGAGAGGUUUCUGGACUAUUUUAUCUUUCUCCAUUUAGCUGGAGAUAUAAAUGCUGCUUUGGGUUCCAUAAUCCUAGGGGCUGUGUUUACAUAGUAAAAUAUAUCCUACCAAAUCAGGAAACAAGCAUGGGGAUCUCUGCAGUGAGAGAGAGCUAAUUAGGUCGCCGAUGGUGAACAAGAGAAGUGCGGGGGUCCGGGGGUGGGGGGCACAGGAGGGAAGACGGAGAAGUGCUCCCCUCGCCCCUUCACUGCUCUCCUUGGCCCCUUUCAACAGAAGGCACAGAGAAAAGCAUCAGAAAGAGGCUGGAGUUUUAAAAGGCAGCUUUCCAACUUUGCACACAAACAGGUUAACAGGAAGGUACAGCAAAAAUCCUCUCAUCUGAAACAGCAGAAACAAAACCUACCAACCUGACUCCAUAGUUGCACAUAGUGACGCUCUCUGCAAGUUACCUAGAAGUGUUUUGUUUUUCUUAUACUUGAAAUAGCUUUUACGAUGUUACUUUGGCGGCUUUCUUUUCUCUCUCCUGGCGGGCAGCAGAGGAAGCGGAUGAUGGGAUCCAAGGAAGCGUGAGGGGAGAAAAGGAAGGUUAUGGCGUUGUCUUUUUUGUGUGUGUUCCCUUAAACAUAGAGAGGUUUAAUUGAACUCCCAUGUGUUGAAAUUGCUCCUCAUAUUACUGGUUUUACAUGGACACAGAAACUAGGCACUUUAGAGGUGCACUUGCAUGGCAGGCUGGGCCCCCCUUUUCUCUAUUUUAUUUUACUUUUUUAGUAUAGUGGUACUUAAAAUCACUGGUUCACUUAAAGAAAAAAACAAACAAUAAAAUGUUAAACUCUACUAAUGUACAAAUAAGCUGAAAAGUUGCAUUUUAUGUGUAUUUUUCGCCAUAGCAGGUACUGUAUUUCUCAUGCUGGAUUUAAAAAAAAAAAGAAAAAACCAACAAAAAAAAAAACUAAAGGGUGGUGUUUAUUGGAUUGUGACAGGUUGCGUACUGAGGAACUAAGUCGCCGUCAUUUCAUUAAAACUGAGAGAUGAUGUAAUGCAUAUAUAAGAGUUUUCUGAAGGGUUUUUUUGGGCUUUUAAACAGCUUAUUUUUGUUUUGUUUAGUUUUUUAUUUUAUUUUAUUUUGGAAAGAUAUGAUUGUAUUAUGUGCAACUCAGUUGCUUACAUUAUAACUACAAAAUAUUUUUGGGUUCCUGGAAAAAAAAAAACAAAAAAGAAAAAAGACUAAUAAAUGUGUUUGGCUGCUAAGCA